AUGGGUUAUAAUUGCCGGUCAAACUCCGAAAAAUUUCGCUCCACACUUGUCUCCCAGUUUUGUAGAACAAUCUUUCAAAUAUUUGUUAAGCUUAGGUACGAUUCUUCCGAUGUUGCAAUAAUGCGUCUUACAAGUCCUGGUGUACCCAUAAAUACACAAAUCAAAGCAACUAGAGCCAUGAAAAUAUUUUUGUUGAAAAUGGCCAUGUUGCUAAAAAGUGAGAUGAUAAGUGAAGAUGAUAUAAUCAGAUACGAUCGUGUCAAUUAUCUAGACAAUCCGAUUAAAAACCCUAAACCAGUGUGUCCGGAUUGCAAAAAAAUCAACUAG